UAUAACAACCAGUCUUUCUCCCAACUUCUCUAUCUCCCACCACAAAAAAAAAAGAGUAAAACAAAAAAGAAAUUACAUUUUGUUCCUUUUUAUUGCUCACGCAUUUCACAGACGAUAAGAAUUAGAGAGAGAGAGAGAGAGAGAGAGAAGGAAUCAAAACAAGGAUGAGGAAGCGUCAAGUGGUGUUGAGGGGAACAUCGACGGAAGAGAGCUCGAGAAGCUCGGCGGCUGCGGCGAGGAGCGUCAGGUACGCAGAGUGCCAGAAGAACCACGCGGCGGCCAUGGGAGGCUACUCGGUGGACGGCUGCCGCGAUUGCUAG